UAUGCGUAAAGUUUAGUUUGCGGAAAAAUAACAUUGAAUUUCGGGAGCAAACAUAUAAAUCGAAAGAUGUAACACAUUCAAGUGGUUUGUGAUUUCGGGUCAAUUUCCUAUUGCAAUCAGUUAUUUUAAGUGCUUAAGUGCAAUAGAUUUCUACAUCAACAAAAUUUCGGUUUGUGCAGUUUUUUAAGGCACGAGACAUAAAGAAAUGUAGAAGAAGACGUAUGUGUAAGAAGUGAGAUUCCAGCGAAAAACAAGAAUGCUUCAAGAAAGCGUAGGAAGCGAUGAUUCUGUUAUUAUUUUUUGCGUUUUUAUUGCAAUUGUUUGUUUUAUCUAAAUUUACAAUUUUUGUAAACUAGUGCACUAGUGUUGGAGCGUUAAAAAAUUGUUACAAUUUCCAAUCGAAAAAACAAUAACCCUGCUUUAGUGUCAGCUGUGUUACCCAAAUAAAAUGAAGAGGCAGACAUCGAACCCUUUUCAGAACCCGCAGUACUAAUGUAAUAUUUGGAAGUGUAUAAAACGAGUAUGUGCGAGAUCCUAUUCUUCAUUAAUGCAUAACAUUUAAUGCCGAUAAGGGCGGUGCAUACAAGUGCGGGUGGUAGAUGAGUGUCGGCAAAAGCUAGGGCAAGCGAGAGUGUUUCCGAAGAAAAGUGAAAGUCGAAUUCAUGAAAUAGUAAUCACCGACAUUGUACCUUCAAUUGCAAGUAGAUACAUAUAUACUGCAGUAAAAGUAUGUUGGAUAUGAUUUAUAUAUCCAUAUAUUGCAUAUUUAGUUAAUGUGUUUUAAAUGACAACCAAAUUUUUAAACUAAGUUCUCCCCUCCAGAGCAGUAAGUGGACAAAAGUAAUGAUAAUUUCAUUUGUCAAAUGCGGUCAAGGUCAAUAAAAAGUGUGCAGAUCACUAUAACAACAAAUGUACAUAUGUUGCAUGUAAAUACUUGUGCAUGAUGAUGAAUUAAAAAAUGUGUUGAUUGAGUUGUUUGGUUUUCUUUUUAGAAAAAAAUCUUUAAAUAAAAAAAUAUAAUGAAAAAAAUAAGUGAAGUGUCUCUAAUUAGUUUUCUGAGUUAUGUUUGCAAAUCUGCUUUCAUAAAAUGUUACGUGCGACAAUGCAGCAUAAAAGAAUGCGAAACCUGUUUCACCUGUCUAAAAACUAAUACAAAUUAUUAGCCCGCCGAUACUAAGAAUAGUGGCAUUUUAACUAAACAUUUUAUAUCGUACAUCGAAUGCUAAAUUUCUACGUUGACACCGAAGAUCUUGUGGCGAAUAACUAAAAAGCACAUUUUAUACAUAUCCACCAAUAUCUGAAGAAAUUCUCGAUAUACUAUGUAAAACCUUUUCAUCACAAAAAUUAAGAUAACGAAUUGGCUCGAGGGCGAGAUAGGCGCGCCAAACCGCGCGGUCAGUAGUCAGCCGACACGCCGCGUGUGCAGUUGAAGCGUAAAGUGUCGCCAGCGUUGAAGGCGGAUUAGCGUCAAAGCGACAAAAAGCAAACGGCCAGAGUGAGCGGCCGAACAUCCAUACUUAUGUAUGCAUGUAGUGUAUGUGUCAAUUACUCAACGUGUAAUGUAGUGUGAUGCGAAUCGAAUUAGUUGCGAGCUGUAAAGUGAGAAUGAACAACGGACGGUAGCUACUAACACAAAAAUAAUCCACUUGAAAAAAAUUAAAAUAAAAAUUCUUGCGCUCCAAAUACAACGGAUUUCACAAAUGAUUAUGAAAUGAAAUGUGACAAUCUGCAACAUUUUGCGGCGACCAACAAUGUAUGCAACGAAAUAUGGCCUGCCACAGGCAAACCGGCAAAUGCAACACAAUGCCGCUACUACGGUGCGCCAAGCGACGAUUUGACAAGAGCUAGCGAACGAAAUGGGCACAGCGCAUGCGCAAAUGAAAAGUGUUGAGUAUAUAAAAAUUUGGAAACAUAUCAAAUGGCGGCGAGACCAUAAACAUACGGAAGCAUUAAAGGUGCCAAACAAGUAGACAGACUUGUUGUUGGUAGCGGACAGCGCGAGCAAGCGGGCAGUGAGAAAACAGUUUUUAAAACAAAAAUAUUAUUUUAGAAGUUGUAAAGAAAUUUUUCCAAAAAAAAUUUGUGUGUAAACGCGAGUAUUUGGUGUGAAUUUUGUCUACUUCGAUGCUUGUGUGAAGGUUAAAAAAUUUAAAAUUAGUGAAAAAUAGUGGAAUGUAUAAAAAAUAUAUUUUAAUAAAAAAGUAAAUUAAGAAAAAAUAAGCAUAAAGGAUUUUAACAAUAUCUAAGCCAUAAAAUAUAUAUAUAUAUAUAUAUAAAUAAGCUACAUUGUAAAAGCUGCAGCUUAAAAGUGUCAUGAGAUAUUUUUUUCAAUUCUAAAAUACAUUAUUCCAAGUGCCGUACUUAAUUUGUUGCGCAUAUUUGUAACCCACUGUUGUGAUCAAUUAUUAGCAAUAAGUAAAUAAAAAUUAAUUUGCGCACAAAAAGCUGAAGAAAAGAAACUGUUGUAAAGCUUUUAACUCCAAAAAUAACUAUUACAAAUGAAAGCUUCACCAAAACCGUGACAGCUUGAAUAAAACGUGAAAUUUUAAAUAAAAAGUGAAAGCUUCGUUAAAAACGUAAAAGCUUCCACAAAUCGUGAAAGCUUUUAUAAAACGUGAAAGCUUUUAUAAAACGUGAAAGCUUCAGCAAAGUGGUGAAAGCUUGACUAAAACCUGAAAUCUUAAAUAAGAAGAGAAAGUUUUAAAAAACGAGUGAAAGUUUCGACAAAAUCGUGAAAGCUUCGUUAAAACUUGAAAUCUUCAGCAAAGCCGUGAAAUCUUAAAUAAAACGUAAAAUCUUAAAUAAGAAGAGAAAGCAUCAACAAACGCGUGAAAGCUCUGAAAAUAUCGUGAAUGCUCUGAAAAAAUCGUGAAAGUUUUAGCUAAGCCGUGAAAGCUUGAAUAAAGCGUAUACUCUUAAACUAAAAGAGAAAGCUUUACAAAAGACUGAAAGCUCCGACAAAAGCGUGGAGGCUACACCAAAAGUGUGAAGGCUUUGAUAAAACGUGUAAGCUUCACAAAAGUAGUAAAAGCUUCAAUAAAACGUGAAAGCUUCAAAAAAGUAGUAAAAGCUUCAAUAAAACGUGCAAGCUUCACAGAAAGUGUAUAAGCUUCAGCAAAGUCGUGAAAGCUUCGCAAAAAUCGUGAAAGGUUCAAUAAAACGUGAACGCUUCAGCAAAGUCGUGAAAGCUUCACAAAAAUCGUGACAGCUCAACUGUGAAACGAAAGCAAAAAAGCUUUGAAACAUAUCUGAAAUAAAGCGGUGCAGCAAAAUAAACCGUUACGACACACGCAAACCAGCAACGCCACCACCGAACGAAGGUUCCAAACAAACACAAAAAAUAAAGAUAAAUCCAGUUUACAACAAUACCCUCAACCGCAACAAAUUGCACAGCGAAAAAAUUAAACGUGUGGCAACAACAACAAUAGCACAUCCUACCAAAUGACAAUAUCAAAUCGUUUGAAUCGCAGACGAAACAUCAACAAUAACAACGGUGAGAACAGCAACACCGCCGAUACUGAAUUAUUGCUGGCAGGAGCAACAACAACAACAUUAACACAGAGCACCGUAAGCGGACGCAUUAAACGCGCUCGUCGUUUAGCAGCAGCCGUCAAAAUGACAGCGCUCAACCAACAGGCGACAGACGAUAUGACAACUACAACAAAAACAAGAGAGUUGCAUACUGACAGGGCUACAAUGAACGGGAAUGCUGCGGACAACGGCAGCGCGCGCAUCAGCAGCAAGUUUUUGCCCGGGAAGUCGCUCAAAUAUGAGCGCCUCAUAAAUCAACCGAAAAAUGCCGGUACAACAGCAACAGCAAAAACGCUAACAAAAGCAAUUGAUGGCACGACAUCCGAAGCGGCGCUAAAUACUAACGGUAAUGAGUGGCCGCCACAGCAGCAGCAACAACAACAUUGGCGCUUACAAGAUGAGACCACAGCAGCGUUGUCCUCGUGGCACGAUGCCCAUUCAUCGUCAACGCCCGCAACAGCGACGACCGCGGCAGCAAUGAGGAAUUGGCAAGCACAUUCGGAAGGCGCGGAAACGCAUUUAUCACCAGCAGUCAACGGCGUGGAUGUAGUAAAUGCGAAUGCCAAAGCGCCUGCGAAUAUGCGAAGCCGCCGUGCCAAUGCCAAUGGUGGAAGUGGUGGCCAUAGUUGGAGUGGCAAUUAUCAACAGCAGCAUCCGCAUACGCCACAGCCGCAACCAACGACGACAACACCAUCAACUCUGGUUGUGGGGGCUGCAAUAAAACCAACACUGUCGGCGCGCACACAAAGCCAAAGCGUUAACAAUGGUGGUGGUGGCGGCGGCGGCGACGGCGGCUUUGGCAACAUGACCGGUAAUGGCAACAGUUAUGUCAGCGGUAAUAAUGUGAAAUAUUUUGGCAAUGGCGUCGACUAUAAUGGCGCAUCUGCGUCCGACACCGUGGCCCUGCUCAGCGCGUUGCCAACGGAACACGGCGAACAGCAACAGCCGACCACGAAUUGGCACAGCAACAAUGCCAACUUAGCGCGCAGCACUAAAGGUUUCUACUACAGCGCCGCCGACGACAGCGUUGCUGACUUCGAUGCAAAUUACACGUCGCAAGCGCCAUCCGCGUCCGAGUCGCCGCUGUACUACUCAUCAGCUGCGUCGUCUGCGCGUUCCGCCUCCUCACCCGCCGCUUUCUACAUGUCCAACGGUGUCGCGGCCACUUCGCCGUCCAGGUCGGGGUCGGGGUCGGGCUUUGCGCACGGGUCAUCAUCCGCGGCCGUUGCAUUGGCAUGUAAUUGUUGCAGUAAUUUAAUUGCCCGCUGCUGCUUCGGCAUACCACUGUUGAAGGCAAUCAACGUGCGGCGCUGUGUGUUGGCAUUGUUCGCCAUAACGGUCGUUACGAUUUUUUACUACACUCAUUACGUCGAUACGGGCGUUUUUGUCGGUUUAAUUCAGCGUGACACCCGACCCUCUCCGCUUAUCAACUGUCGAAUGGUUAGCGGGAAGCACACACGCGAAUCAUCACGAGCGCCCGAUCAUCGUUCCGAGGCGCGGCUGCGCAUCGAUCCGAAGGUGUUGGUGUUUGUGGAGACGACCUACUCAGGACUCGGGCGAGAUAUUGCCGAACUAUUGGUCUAUAAUAGAAUUAAGUACAAAAUCGAAGUGGCCGGCAAAAGUCUUCCUGUGUUAACGAAUCUCGACAAGGGCCGCUACGGCGUGAUCGUUUUCGAAAAUCUCGAUAAAUACUUGAAUAUGGACAAAUGGAAUCGUGAGCUACUGGAUAAAUACUGUCGUGAAUACUCCGUCGGCAUAGUAGGUUUUGUCAGUCCGAGCGAGGAGACUUUGGUUGCGGCGCAGCUGCGCGGUUUUCCGCUCUACAUACAUACGAAUUUGCGCCUACGCGACGCCAGUCUCAAUCCCGCCUCGCCAGUGUUGCGUCUGACGCGUGCCGGUGAGACGGCGUGGGGCGCUCUACCCGGCGAUGACUGGGCCGUCUUCCAACACAACCACACCACCUACGAACCGGUUGAAUGGGCGCAGCGCAAUACGCAGGAUUUUCCAUCGGACAGCGGUGGCCAAGUGCAAUUACCACUCACCACUGUACUGCAAGAUCAUGGACAUUUUGAUGGCAUACAACGCGUACUCUUCGGCAGUAGUUUGCGUUUCUGGCUGCACCGUUUGCUAUUUCUGGACGCGCUGUCCUACUUGAGUCACGGUCAACUGAGCUUAAGUCUUGAGCGUAUGAUAUUAGUGGAUAUCGAUGAUAUUUUCGUGGGUGAGCGUGGUACGCGUCUGCGUCCGGACGAUGUGCAGGCACUGAUAGCCACACAGCGUAUUAUUGCGUCGAUGGUGCCGGGUUUCCGCUUCAACUUGGGUUUCUCCGGCAAGUUCUAUCAUCACGGCGAGCGCGAAGAGAAUUUGGGCGAUGACUAUUUGUUGCGCAAUGUGCAGGAAUUCAAUUGGUUCUCGCACAUGUGGAAGCAUCAACAGCCGCACCUUUAUGACAAUCUGACUUUGCUUAUGUCAGAGAUGCAACUGAAUUACGCCUUUGCCAAGGAGCACAACAUACCCACUGAUUCCGGCUACUCAAUAUCGCCGCAUCAUUCGGGUGUAUAUCCGGCGCAUGAAAUACUGUACAUAGCGUGGAAAAAUAUUUGGAAUGUGAAAGUCACGUCCACGGAAGAGUACCCGCAUUUGCGGCCCGCACGCUUACGGCGUGGCUUCAUACACCGUGACAUAAUGGUGUUGCCACGGCAGACAUGUGGUCUCUUCACGCACACCAUGUACAUCGAUCGCUAUCCGGGCGGACGUGACAAGCUUGACGAAUCGAUACAGGGUGGCGAACUCUUCCAAACUAUAGUCUAUAAUCCGAUAAAUAUUUUCAUGACGCAUAUGUCGAACUAUGGUUCGGAUCGGCUGGCUUUAUAUACGUUCCAAUCGGUAAUAAAGUUCCUGCAAUGCUGGACUAAUCUGAAACUCAGCUCAGCGCCGCCCAUACAACUAGCGGAAAUGUACUUCCGUCUACAUCCCGAAGAAGUGGAUCCCGUUUGGGGUAAUCCAUGUGACGAUCCACGCCAUAAGAAAAUCUGGUCGAAAAAGAAAAGCUGUGAUUCAUUGCCCAAAUUUCUAGUGAUUGGUCCACAGAAAACGGGUACAACUGCACUCUACACAUUCCUCUCUAUGCACUCAAGCAUCACUAGUAAUAUACCCAGCCCCGACACAUUCGAAGAAAUACAAUUCUUCAAUGGCAACAACUAUUAUCGUGGCCUUGACUGGUACAUGGACUUCUUCCCGUCCGACUCGAACAACAACACCACCGUGGCAGCCCCAACGCGUUAUAUGUUUGAGAAAAGUGCGACCUAUUUCGAUGGUGAAGCGGUGCCAAAACGUGCACACGCUCUCCUGCCGCAUGCAAAGAUCGUAUCGAUUCUCAUCUCGCCAGCGAAACGCGCCUAUUCGUGGUAUCAACAUCAGCGGGCGCACGGUGACGCGAUCGCCAACAACUACAGCUUCUAUCAGGUAAUCACAGCCAGCGAUUCGGCGCCGAAAGCUCUAAAGGAUUUACGUAAUCGCUGCCUGAAUCCCGGCAAAUACGCACAACACCUGGAGCAUUGGCUGGCCUACUAUCCCGCCCAACAACUGCAUAUCAUCGAUGGCGAACAGUUACGACUCAACCCGGUGGAUGUGAUGAACGAUUUGCAGCGCUUCCUCAAAAUACAACCGACGCUCGACUAUUCGAAUCAUUUGCGCUUCGAUGCGAAGAAGGGAUUCUUCUGUCAGGCACUCAGCGAGAAGCGCAAUAAAUGUUUGGGCAAAUCGAAGGGCCGUCAAUAUCCGUCGAUGGACGAGCGCAGCGCCAAGCUGCUGCAGCGCUACUACCUCAGCCACAACACAGCGCUGGUGAAGCUGUUGAAGAAGUUGGGCUCACGACCCAUACCACAGUGGCUGAAAGACGACCUCUCGACGGGCACGUGAUAGCUAAUGCAAUUCCGGCGACUGCGCAACAAGCUGCGAAAACAAUUCGAAAUGGUGUUUGUUAGACUCAAACAACAGACGGACACGAACAACGACAACGAGGUGAUAGAGGAGGAGGACGAAACGCCUAAAAGUAUACCGUACAGACAUCACAGACGCAACAGCUGGACACGCUAUUAGCGGAGCACAGUCGUGUGGAGCAAGACAGUCGAAUCAAAAAAUUGUAAAUUGCAAGUGGAAGUGUGUAGAGGAGAGGAGGUGAAAUGAAUUAAGCAUUUAGGCGUAGAAAGGAAAAAUGUGAAACCAUUGAAGUCAAUAUCUAAUUUAAUGUAAUGUCCUAAAUCAGGCGUAUUGUAUAGCUAACUAGUUUAAGGCAAAACAACUAAAAAUCUGUUAUAUGUAAGUAUGUAUACGAUAAUGUAAAUUUAGUGUUAAGUCAAUAUAUGUAUAUGUAACCAUGUAUAUGUAAAUGUAUGCUUAGGCAAAAUGGCGGCAGUCGACAAGUCACUCGACUGCAUUCAAUGUAAUUAAAAAUUAAUAUACGCUUGUAUGUGUGUGACUUUAUGUGUGUACACAUGUAUAUGUUUAGUUUAUGUUUGUGUAUAUAUGCAUACCCAACAACAUUAUAUGUAUAGAUAUUAGGCAACUAUGUGCAUAGUGUAUAGAUGUGUUAACGCCAUAUUACAUGUGUAAGUGUGUACAUAAACAUGCAAACAUACGUACAUUCAACCAUACAAAAAUUAAAUAAAUGAAUGUGUUUUAGUGACAGCUAGUGCAUACAUAUCUCAUAAGUACUGUAUAGUUGUUGUAAUAACUGUAAUCAGCAUCAGCUUUAAUUAUGGCGCUAAUUAUGUGCGAAGCAAAAAUAACAAAAAAAAAAACAACAACAGCUUGGCAGCAAACAAUACAACGGACAAAAUUGAUUUGUAGCGUUGCCAGACAAUUCCAGAAUUAUAAUGUAAAUGAAAAUUUAUUUUUUUAACACACGCAUGUUUGGAGAAAACAAGGUUUCUCGGAAAUAUAUAUAUGGCAGUGAUAAACGCCCUGCAAUAGCUAGUGUAGACAGGGUGCUUCGUAAAAAAAUGCCGAAAAUGCUAACAAUUUUAAUUAAUAUCUACAGAAAUUGUUGUUGAAAUUCAGUCAACGAAAUGUAAAAUAAAACAUUUAACAUUAAUAUACUUUCUAACUGUA